UAGAAUCGUUACGGUUGGAAAAGACCUCAGAGAUCAUCAAGUCCAACUAUCAGAGAGAAACACAAACGUUUAUUGAAUAAACCUUCUUGCUGGCCAUGCGUGGGGCUGCAUGCCAUGGCCAGAGCGACCUGACCGGGCCCAUGGGAAGAUGUGGCCAAGGCCCUGGUGAUUGCUGUGAAACACUGGCGCCAAGCACACGAGAUGUGGGGAAUGGAGUGGGCCGUGGCUCUGGGAAAAGCCCAGAAACCUGUGGAACUUGUGCUGGUGCUGGAGCACGUGCUGCAGGUGAGGACGGCUCAUGGUGAUGAGCCAGCAAUGCACUGUGGCAUCACUGUGGGAUGGGCAGCGAUGUCCCCAGGUGAAGGUCGAGUAGUCCAGAGUCACGCCCAGCAGCUUGGCCAAGCCAUGCUUUGAGACAUCUCCAGGCAACGGACUGUGACUCCAUAGACCACGGAUGCUUGAAGGUGGGUGCAGCGGCUCAGCCUGGCAGUUCGUGCCUGGCCUCCGACCGAGCGUGUGUGCGAGGACUGGAGUGUGGACAGGGCGAGCUUCGGUGCUGGAACGAGCUCUGGGUGCUGCUCGCGCAGCUCUCAGCGGCCGUCUCAGAGCCACUUGUUCUUUACCCCGACCCUGCUGGCAGCAGGCAGACGGGACAUCCCAGAGAGGCGCGUGCAGCAGCACAGCGUGACACCUGCUGCUGCAGCGACAGUGCUGGGGAGCGCGCUGCCAUCUCCCGCUCCCCAUAGCCCACCACAACUGGUGGAAGCAUGGAGGCAGCAUUAGACACCCGCUGCCCCGUGUGCCUGGACAACUGGGACAGCGCGGCAUAUGCCAUGCCGUGCUGCCACCAGUUCUGCUUCCCCUGCAUCCAGCGGUGGACUAGCACCAGGCCCCAGUGUCCGCUUUGCAAACAGGGUGUGCAGUCCAUCAUCCACACCGUGCGAGCGGACAACGACUACCAGGAGCUGGUCCUCAGACCAGCAGCCGCGGCAUCCGUUGCCACACCGAGCCCCGCAGGCUCCCAGGAAGCCCGACCAUGGCCUGGAGUGCCCAGGCGUCCUGCAGGCGGCUUCUCCCCUACCACCUGGGCUUCCCUCUUCAGGGAGCACCCGGCCCUGCUGCGGCCCCUGCGCUCCUGGCUGCAACGGAAGCUGCGCCGCAUCCUGGGCCCCGAGGAGCCACAGGCAGAUACACUGGCAAACAGUGUCAUCUCAGCCCUGCUCCUCGUUGGCUUGGAUCAGGAGAUCCUGAUAGAAAUGCUGGAUCUCAACCUGCACGGCCAAACAGGGAACUUUGUAAGGCAGUUCAUCGCCUUCACCGUGCAGAGGUGCGGCAGGGAGGCUCACCGCUUGCUGGGCCUCAACGUCACCCCUGCUGCCGGGGCACAGGACACCAACCCGGCAUCAGAGCCCAGAGCUGCCCCACAACAGGACACUCCUGUCCCUGGCCCAGCACCCUCAGGCAUCCCUGCCAGCUCCAACAGGGACGAAAUGCUGGGCAGGACAGGACAAGACCUCCAUGGGCGUCCCAGCCACCCACAUUCCAACCCUGCAGCGGACAGCACGGAGCAGGCAGUGCCCCGCGAGGAGCCAGGACAGCCUGUGGCAGGGCCCUCUGGCCAUAGCCUUCCUCAGCAGCCCCGGAGAGCUCCGAAGAGGAAGGCGAGUGACUGCCAGGCCUCAGCAUCACCAAAGAAGAGGCCACCCCGCCGGCAGCAAUAGAAGAGCGGCGCAGCUGAUGAGGCUGGGGCCGGGCAGCAGCUGGGACACACACCGGCCCCAACGGACCCUUGCCAUCAGUGUCCAAUGUCACCAGUCAAAUAAACUAGAAAGAAAGACCGCAAAAAUACGUGUUGGUAUUGCUAACGGCACAGCGGUUGUUGCUUCCCCAUCCUCAACGCUUUCUCCCCUUUUGCCUGCUCCCAUGCCACUGCUGGCACUGCCGCAUCCCAGACAGGAACCCCACGGGCUUCAGAGAGGGGAAGGGCAAACUUCUGCACCUGGGGGGGAAC